CUCUCGUCGGCAAUCAAAUCCGAAUUUCGAAAGCUCUAGGAUAUUGGGCUUGCCGAUCGAGUUCCUUUCAGCUUCUGAUUUGUGAGUGAAAAUGUCGGGUCGAGGAAAGGGAGGCAAGGGCUUGGGCAAAGGAGGAGCGAAGAGGCACAGGAAGGUGCUUCGGGACAACAUCCAGGGCAUCACGAAGCCUGCGAUUCGGCGUUUGGCGAGAAGAGGUGGCGUCAAGAGGAUCAGCGGCCUCAUCUACGAGGAGACACGCGGCGUCCUCAAGAUCUUCCUCGAGAACGUCAUUCGUGACGCCGUGACGUACACGGAGCACGCCCGGAGGAAGACCGUCACCGCCAUGGACGUCGUUUAUGCCCUCAAGAGGCAGGGAAGGACAUUGUACGGCUUCGGUGGGUGAGAUGGGUUUUGUUUUUUUGUUGGGUUUUCUCUGACUUGUAAAUCGCCCUGAUUGUUCCUGUGGUAGUGGGUCUUAGGGUCUGUUCUAGUUUCGUGUUCUAGGUUACUCAAUAUGGUUUGUAAUUGCUUAUCUGUUUGCAAUGGAACUUAGCUGUUUCUGAUAUCUUUAAGAAACUAUUAAUUGAAUUUUCCGUGUGA